AUGAUCUCGCAUCAUGAUUGGUUAGAUCAAGGGAUCGAUGGAAAAAAAAAUUUUUUGUCAAAACAAGUCCACCUUUUUCAAUACCGAGAACAUUUUGCCUUGGAAAGAUUUAAUUUGUCUAAAAGAUGGUUCGCAAGACUUGAAGAUGAAAAACAAAGACAAGCGAAUGCACGAAAUUCAUUGUUCGAUAAGAAUCGUAAUUUAACUUUUACGUCACUUGCUAAAAAUGCAUCUAAACGCGAUAUAGUUUUCGAUAAUGAUAAUAAUUCUGAGGAUGAAGAUGAGGGAGUAACAGCAGCUAUAGAUGCGGCCGCUGUUGGACAAAAAGAUAACUCUCGCAAAGCAUAUUAUAAAGAAUUUCGUAAAGUUCUUGAGACAGCUGAUGUAAUUUUGGAGGUAUUAGAUGCUCGCGAUCCUCUGGGUUGCAGAACUAAACAAGUUGAGAAAUUGAUAAUAGAAAGUGGAUCUUCCAAAAGAAUUAUCUUGGUUUUGAAUAAAAUCGAUCUUGUUCCCAGAGAAAAUAUAACGCAAUGGUUGAUAUAUCUCCGUAAAGAAUUUCCAACCGUUGCUUUUAAAUCCUCCACUCAAUCACAGCGAAAGAAUCUCGGACAUUCUUCUUCAUCGGUGUCUACCGCAUCAGAUAAUAUAAUAAAACACAGCAAUGAAUGUUUAGGUGCUGAUACACUUAUUACGCUUCUUAAGAAUUAUUCUCGAAGUUUGAAUAUAAAAACUUCAAUUACUGUCGGAGUAAUUGGAUUUCCAAAUGUCGGAAAAUCUUCUGUUAUUAAUUCCUUAAAGCGGUCCAAAGUUUGUGGUGUAGGUGCCUCACCAGGUUUAACAAAGUCUGCACAAGAAAUUCACUUGGACAAGAAUAUAAAAUUAUUGGAUUGUCCUGGAAUUGUAUUUACUCGUAAUCAGUGGGGUGACGGAAAUGCGGAAAUUUUAUUAAGAAAUUGUAUCAAAGUUGAACUAUUAGAUGACCCUAUUCCACCUGUUGAACUAAUCGUUUCACGUUGUAGACCUGAACAACUAAUGUCCAGAUAUAGUGUUCCAAUGUUCAGGAAUACUAACGAAUUCCUUUUACUUCUAGCUCGUCAAAGGGGCAAAUUAAGGCGUGGUGGUAUUCCUGAUAUUGAUUCAGCGGCAAAAAUAGUUUUGCACGAUUGGAAUUCUGGCAAGAUACCAUAUUAUACUGUACCACCAACAACUGCAAAAGAUAAUGUGAUUCUUGAUAGUACUAUAGUUUCAACAUGGAGUAAAGAAUUCAACUUGAAUGAGGUGUGCAAUGAGACUGAAGAUCAAACUAUUCUUGCUAGUGUAAAAACCAAUAAUGAUUUUGGAAGCUCUGCUAUUGUAAUGACCGGAGAAUUUCCAGAAGUAGAAAUGGAUGAAUUUCUUGAUAACGAUGACUCUCAAAGCGAUAAAAUUCCAGAAGCAAUUCCAAUGGAUGUUGAAGAAAAAUCAACGGAGCUUGUUGUUCCUCAAAUGAAGCCCAAGACAGUUACUUUUGCUAAUCCCCCUCAACAGAUAUUUUCAAAACUAGAGUUAGAACUUAAUCCGCAAGUGAAUAAAAAUAAAAAAAAGGAGUCUAAAAAGGCGAAGAAAGCAUCUAAAAAAAAGGAUCAAAUGAAAUCUGACGAUACGAUUCUCAUGGAAGAAGAUCUAGUUAAAAAGGAUGAUGAAACACGAGAUGUCGCGGGAAAAACCAAAAAUGAAGAUCAUUAUGAUUUUUCCGAAUUCUUUGGAAAAUUAUCUUAG